GCAGACGGGUGGCGGCGCAGCCAGGAGGGCGGGCGCGUCCCGGCGACCGAGGGUCGGCGGCUCCCCCUCCCGCAGGGCGGGGUGGUGCGUUCCGAGUUCCCAGGAGUUCGCAGCGGGCGGGGGCCGCGGGAGGGGAGUGGCGGCGGCGGGCGGCUCCCGCUUCAGCCUCGGCAGUGGCGUCGGCGACGGCGGAGUCGAGGCAGCCGCCAGCUCUCGCCGAGUGUCGGCGGGCGACGACGGCGCAGGAGACGGGGGUUGAGGACACGCGCUCCUGCCCUUCUGCGCCGCGGCUCUUGCCGCCACCCAGAGCCUGAGGCGCUUAGGCGCCGGGGCGAGCGGGCGGGCCGGGGCAGGGCGGGGAUGGCGCGGACCCCGGGCCCGGCCCCGCUGAGUCCCGGAGGCGGCAAAGCACAACUUUCCUCCGCGUCUCCGUCCGGGGCCGGGCUGCUGCUGCCGACCCCCACGCCGCCGCCCCUGCUGCUAUUGCUCUUCCCGUUACUGCUCUUCUCCCGGCUCUGUGGUGCCUUAGCUGGACCAAUUAUCGUGGAGCCACAUGUCACAGCAGUAUGGGGAAAAAAUGUUUCAUUGAAGUGUUUAAUCGAAGUAAAUGAAACUAUAACACAAAUUUCAUGGGAGAAGAUACAUGGCAAAAGUACACAGACUGUUGCAGUUCAUCAUCCUCAGUAUGGAUUCUCUGUUCAAGGAGACUAUCAGGGAAGAGUCUUGUUUAAAAACUACUCACUUAAUGAUGCAACAAUUACUCUACAUAACAUAGGCUUCUCUGAUUCUGGAAAAUACAUAUGCAAAGCUGUUACAUUCCCACUUGGAAAUGCCCAGUCCUCUACAACUGUGACUGUGUUAGUUGAACCCACUGUGAGCCUGAUAAAAGGGCCAGAUUCUUUAAUUGAUGGAGGAAAUGAAACAGUAGCAGCCAUUUGUAUAGCAGCCACUGGCAAACCAGUUGCACAUAUUGACUGGGAAGGUGAUCUUGGUGAAAUGGAAUCUACUACAACCUCUUUUCCAAAUGAAACAGCAACAGUUGUCAGCCAAUACAAGCUGUUUCCAACCAGAUUUGCUAGAGGAAGGCGGAUUACUUGUGUUGUGAAACAUCCAGCCUUAGAAAAGGACAUCCGAUACUCUUUCAUAUUAGAUAUCCAGUAUGCUCCUGAAGUUUCAGUAACAGGAUAUGAUGGAAAUUGGUUUGUGGGAAGAAAAGGUGUUAAUCUCAAGUGCAAUGCUGAUGCAAAUCCUCCACCUUUCAAGUCCGUGUGGAGCAGGUUGGAUGGACAAUGGCCUGAUGGCUUAUUGGCUUCAGACAAUACUCUUCAUUUUGUCCAUCCACUGACCUUCAAUUAUUCUGGUGUUUAUGUCUGUAAAGUGACAAAUUCCCUUGGUCAAAGAAGUGACCAAAAGCUCAUCUACAUUUCAGAUGUUCCGCUUAAGCAGACUUCAUCAAUAGCUGUGGCUGGAGCUGUGAUUGGUGCUGUCCUGGCCCUCUUCAUCAUUGCAGUCUUUGUGACUGUGCUGCUGACACCGCGGAAGAAGAGACCAGCCUAUUUGGACAAAGUGAUCGAUCUUCCACCUACACAUAAACCACCUCCUGUGUACAAGGAAAGAGCUCCAGCUUUGCCUGAGAAAGACCAUCUGUGUCAGACCGAACGUUCGCCUUUGCAGACUCAGUUCAAAGAGAAAGAAGCUGGUGGUCUUCAGCCCUCUAAUGCACUAAAUAGCAGGAGAUUUGACUAUGAGGAUGAGAACUCAGUGCGAGAAGAUGGAAUUCAGCAGAUGUACCCUCUUUAUAACCAGAUGUGCUGCCAAGACCGGAGCCCUCGCAGGCAUCACCAAAACAACCCCGAGAGACUCUACAUCAACCCACGAGAACAUUAUGUGUGAUUUUCCUCUUGUUAACAAUGGGUAUUCUUUCAAAUGUUUAUUCUUAGACUAGGAAGAGAAACUGAGGCAUAUAAGCAAUCUCCAUCUGAGUGUGUUGGAACUCUUUCAGAGCUAAUCGAGGAUUGUUUUCCUUCAUUAAGGCUUUCUUAACCACCAGCUGUGUUUGUGAACUUGACUGUAGCUUUGUGUGUUUCUGUAACACUGGUGUUUAACUACUAACAUUUGGCCUGAUGGUGUGUUCAUUAGAAACCAUAGUAUCUGCCUGUGAUGCCUGCAGUGAUUUUCCAUCAAGAAAGGCCCCAGUUGGUACCAUCAGCUUUACCAGGUCUGGGGCAGGCCGGCCUGCUCAUCCGUGAUUCAAAACAGGUGGAAAAAUGAGCUGCAGAUCUAUGUCACUAUUUAGCUGGGAUUCUGAAUUCUUCUGUCCAGAAAACAAAAGUUAGUGGGAAUCUUCAAGCCUGUGCUUGUGAACCGGUGUCAGUGUAAUGUGUCCCUUGCUGACCAUCAGCCCCUGAGGGAUCCAUGGGGCCCUCUGUUCUCUGUCCCCUAGAGACUAGCUGUGUGUACAAAAUCUUCUGCUCUGUCCUUCUUCCCACAGUCCUGUUUGCUAGCCAGAUUAGCCCGUUUUCCACCUGUUGAAUUAAAAAACCCUUGCCCAAUUUGCAAUCUGUUUAGCCUUAUCCCUCUGUUCUCCUAUACGUGAUAAGCUCUGCUUUGACUUCAGAAAUUUCAUUCACACCAGUCUUACUCCCCAGGCUUUAGCUGCUCUUCUGCAUUCUUUGAACUACUUUUCUCCCAUGUUUUAUCUACCUCAGAAAAGCCUGCUGGAAAAUUACCAUGAAAUAACUCCUGCUCUUAAAAGCCUGGUGGAAAUGUUGAAAACUAUUUUCUGUAAAGCUAUUUCAGUAUGACAUGUAUGCUAAAUCCGCAUGUCCUUUUACUCCCCUCCCUACUUUACCAGGUCAACAAGACUAAAGAGGUACUACAGUGAAUCCUACAGUAACCUCUCUCCAGGGUAGAUAGCAACACUGUGAUUCCUGCUCACAGCUGCCUAGGGACUUCUCAUCUUCUCUGCCAGUAAUCCCUUACUGAGACUGACAGUGCUAGUUACAGUGAGAUAAUUAGAGGCAGGAGGAUCACCAGACAUGUGUCUAUCACUCUCCCUCACAUCUUAAGGAAAACAUAGUUAUACUGUGUAUGCUGGAAGAUUAGAGGUAUGUCACAGAUAUUAAAGACAUAAAACAUAGCCAAACAUGGUGACGCAUGCCUCUAAUCCCAGCACCCAGCAGGCAGAGGCAGGAGGUUCUCUGUGAAAUCAAGACCAUCCUGGUCUACAUAGUGAGUCUAGGCCAGCUGAGGCUACAGAGAGACCCUGUCUGAAAAAAAAAAAAUAUAUAUAUAUAUAUAUAGAUAAUAAAAUAUAACAGUAUAUGCUUUUUACAUAUUAAACUGUGGCAUAAACAUCAAAAUAAACAGCGUACCUUUCUAGCCUAUGCCAUAAGGGGAGAUGAGAAUAUUAACAGUUUAUCGUGAGAUACCAAAGAUAUUUUAUUCCUGCUGUGCUGGGCUUAGUUCUCGUGUUUUCUUUUUUGUCAGGCUUUGUGAGGCAAGUCAUAUAGGUUGUUCUAUAGUGGUAAUAUGCCCCCGACCUCUUUCCCUGGGUGAGCAAUAUUUCUGGGAUCACUCCUCAGAUUCUGUCCUAAUUCCUUGGUUAGGAUUAGCACUUUUAGAGGUUACAGCUCUAGAUCAUCAAAGCAUGAGCUCCACUGACCCCCACUGCUACCAUGCUACCUUGCUACCAUGCUACCUUGGAGUUAGAGGAUAUAAUCAGCAUUAUUACUUGGAAUGGCAUCAUGAGUUAAUGUAACUAAUAUUAUGGGAUUCUUUGUGAUUGUUUUCUGGUGGUAAGAUGUGCUGAGGUGUUUUUUUUUUUUUUUUUUGACAGUAAAGCAUUUUAUAAACCCUAAUGUUAGGGAAAAGAUGGGAGUGCACCCCUACCUUCAGAAAGUUUUAAAAAUAGCAGUGAGGGCAGUUUCUAGGAUCCUGCUGGGAAGCGGGUUGUUGAAUCAGUUUCACAAAAGCAAGCUCUGGCCCUGGGGGGAGAGGAGGGAUGGCUUCAUUUGUGCCAGAGAAAGACAUUUCGAAGUCUUUUGUCCUGUCUUUAGCCCCCUCUCAUGAGGAACCCACUGUCUACCUUUUGACAAUUCUUGGUGUAGUUAUAAAAAGGUAAUUUGGGAAUGUUGCUUCUCUCAGCCUGUUCUUUGUCAUCUGUGCCUUUCUGUGAGCUAUGAAAUUUCUUGGCUGGCCUGAUAGAUUUUAUAGCUGUUGGCCCUGUACAUGGGUCACAUAAGCUUCAUAAUAGCUUAUCUUAGUGUCUCCUGUCUGUUCUCUAUAAAAACUUACCUACAUAGAUAAGAAUUUUUAAAGGGUCUGAUGAACCAGGCCCCCAAAUGAAAAAUGCCAUCCAAAAUUAGUCAGCUGAUAAUCUGAAUUUGGAGCUUAGACUACAUCAAGAUACCAUUUAAAUUUCAAAGUUAGACUCGUAAAGGUCAGUGCAUAGGUUGAGGGAUGUAAUUCACAGCUGAUAAUCCUUUUCCCGUAACUAGUUUACUAAAUCCCAUUGAAACAGAAAUAAAUUCCCACAGCAUUUUUACACAUAUGGCCUCAGCUUUGCAUUUUAAGGGGGCAGGGGCACAUGCUUCUCUUCAGCACAGCUUUUAUUGCCUAUUUUAUGUUCGGUGUAUUCCAGGAGUGGGCACUGCGGUUGCAGGAGCAGAUCACCAGCUUCUUUGCAUCUCACCGCAAUGAAACAUCUGCACCAACUAGGAUUGGCUUGACAUGAUGUCUUAAGAUUGGUAACAGUGUAUUUCUUCUAUGAGAAUUCACUCCAUGUCUAACAUCUUAAUUUUUUAAGUUUGAAGACAUCUCCAUGUUCUCUGGUACCCAAUGUAUAGAAUUCUUACCUGGGCUGAGCAUCUACAUAAAACACAUGCAAUACAUACUCACUCUAAACUAGGUAGUUCUCUUAUUACUUUCUGUGGUAUUAUUUACUCAUAGAAACAGGGCUAGUCCUCAUUUCUGUUGAGAAUGAUUUUCUAAACUGUCUUCCAGAGUAGUCCUAGAUAUGCAGUUGUUGGUCAUUAUACAGGCUUGUCAUGCAGUGUACUUGUCUAGUACUAAUCUUUCUGUACAACAGAGCCUGCCUUCAAACUUCUCAUACCCUGGGGUUUUGAGCACAGCCCAUUGUUCCAAGAAUCAAAAGAGCAGGUCUGCUGCACCCAGUUUUACUUCUAACUAGGAAACUUAGAAAAGCCAUGUAAAGGACCAUCAAUAUCAGUUCUCACCCACAAAACAGAGAUUAUAAUACCUUCCCUGUAUUAUAGGGAAGAUAGGAGGAGAGAACCAGAACUGACUCCACAGAAUUGUUCUCUGACCUCCACUUGCGUGCCACACAUAUUUUGCAUAUAUACUUACAAUAGUAAUAAAUUUUUUUUAAAUCUUCCUAUCUUUCAAACUUUAAGUAGAAUUUAAAUGCAUGUUGUAGCUGGUAGGUUCCCUUGAUUUGUAAAUUACUACUAACAGCUAGCUUUAUUCAGUAUGUGGUAUGGACUGUUCUGAGGCCUGCACCUUGUAUGAAUCAUCUCACUGAAUAAGAUCACACCCUGCUUUGUCCUUUUUCAGUAGCCCCCAAGGGGACAGACAGGUUUAUAUUCCUGUACCACACAGCCAUAGGUCAUGCAGAUCUCAUCAGUCAGCUGUUAUUUCUUUCAAACCUUCUUUGCUUGUUAGAGACUGUAGUUAUCUUGAUUUUCUUUUUUAAAGGGAAGUAUAAGAGGCUAUGUGGAAUAAAGCCAUAAGAAAUGUUAAGUAGAAAGCAAGUGUCUAUGUUCAUUGUGACCUCUAGAUAUUUCAGAAAUACUCUCUAUUCAUUAGAUUAACCAUUGCUACAAAACAAACAACCAAAUCAGCAAAAGAAUUCUCUCCUAGUUGGUUCUGUUUUUCCUAGGCCCAAACUUCUAAUGUCCUUUCCUUGACUUAAUUGGAUGUGCUUAUUACUGUUUGUGUCUAUACAAUAAAAAAUGAAUUCCCUGGCUGGUAACACUCAUCAUGGAUAGCUGGGAGGAAAUCCAGGGGAAGAGGGAAAAGGAUAGAAAAGAAAUGCCAAGGCCCUACCUGUAGUUCAGCUCUGUGGUUCACUUUUUACUGUGCUUGAUUGGAGACCCUUCCGUUGCCCUUGGUCAUUUGAAGACUCUAGAAAAACUCAGGACUAUUAAACUAGAAGCUAAUAUUUGUAAGCCUAAUCAACUCUAGAAUAACUAGAGUAAUCUUAUUACAUCUGAUAAAAUAUAUAGAUUUAUUCCAUUCAAGCAUAUUAUAAGCUGGCACUUACCAGUUAUUAGGUUCUUUUGGUAAUUUUUAGUAGACAGAUGUAUAAGGGCUAUUAUAUGAGUCCUUCCCAACCUCACCAGGUGAUAUAUUACACUAAAAUCAGUUGUUAGACCAAGUACUGCAUUGUUCAUGUUAAUAAGCAAGCAGGCUCUAGAAAAAUCUGCCAGUUGGCCCUAUAAAAUUGAAAAACCAAAUCCAAACUCUUAUCUUUUAGGAAAUCAAACAGCAUCUUACAUAAAAGCCCGGAAGUGAACCUAGCAUUGUUCCCCCAGGUUCAGCCAGCUGGUGUUCUGCUUGACUUCAGUACAGAAUGAGUUAGGAAUGCUAGUAGAUCUGCUGGGUUUGUUUAUGGGGGGACUGACCCUACACUAUCUGGGUCAAUCCACAUAUCAUUAACACUGCAAAGUUGAUCAGUGAAAGGAUUCACUUACUUAUAUUAGCAAAAUCUAAUAUAGGGUUGAACUUUAAAUAAAGCUUUUGUAGUAACA